CUCGACGCGCAGAGGCUCCGGAAAGCCAUCCUAUCCCCCCUCCUCCCUCUCCUUGUUCUUGGUUUGCAUCCUCUCGACCUGUUUCCCUCAGCGUAGCCAUCCGGCGCAGGUCGCAGUACGCUCUCUCUUGGCAACAGGGCACUGUUUAUACCCCCAUUCCCUCGGCUUUUCCUGCGCUCCGUGCUCCUCUCCCCCGCUCUGUGACAUGAUCUCAGCACUACCUGCAAGCCCUGUGACGGUGUCUACCUUUGGGGCCAAUGGCACAGGCCCUCCCGAUCCUUCACUUCUGAAUGAGAACCGCUUCUGUCCUGGAUGCAAGAAGUCGGUGAUAGACGAGAAUGGCGGAGUGGUAGUCGCUUUUGGUCAAUCCUUCUUCCACGUCGAUUGCUUCAAGUGUGCCAAGUGUGGCAACCAGGUCACCGCAGACACCAAUUUGCUGCUGCUCUCUGACGGCUCGCCGAUAUGUGCGAACUGCUCAUACUCCUGCAAUGUCUGUCGACAACCGAUUCUUGACGAGGCUAUCAUGACGGGCGAUGAUUCAUACCAUGCGCAUUGUUUCAACCAAGGGAUCUAUUGCAUGGACUGCCACAACCAACGAGUCGCGCGGAGUCGGCGUCACGCCCAGCGACAACGCGAGAAGGAGCGGGAAAGGGAAAGGGAACGCGAGAAGGCGGCGAGCGUGCUCAUGAGUUCUGACGCUGGGAGCAGCAUCUCGGGUGCGAAGGCAGAACAUUCCGCUUCGGCGAGCGCUGCGCAGUCACCCUCUGCCUCCUCUGAGGCGUCCACCGCUUCUCCUUCCGCCCAUCCCCCAGCAAAUGGCGGCACCUCUCAGCGCGGAUCAGUGUCGUCUUUGAACCAGAAACAACCUCGUGAGCGCAGGCCUUCUACUGCAAGCCGCUUCGCGGCCCAACUCUCGUCCUUGAGCGUCAGCAAGCGCCCUUCCACGGCACCCGAUGACGAUAGUACUGCCCCUCCACUUGAACGACUGACGUCCAUGCCGACGCCCAGGAUGGAUUCUCUGGCUGUGCCGGGGAGUGACGGUUCCGACAGACACCUGCUUGCAAGGAAAAGCUUCGACGGAGACGCGCGCCCGACAUUCCAGCAGCAGCUCCGACCGACCCCCAGUACUUAUUCUCUGAACUCUGCGAGCGGUAGCGGAAGCGUUGCCUUGAACAUCCCCAACGGAGAGACUUCCCGUCGGAGUAAGCGGCAGUCUAUCAAUCCCGCGCUGGCACAGUCGUUCAGCAAUACGGUGCCUCCGGCACGCGGAUCUCCGCAAGCGACUUCACCCCUACGAGAGCUCUUUGAAAGUACGGGUCCAGAGCAUCCCGCCUUCGCGCGUGUCGCAUCCUCUUCUCGUCCGACUACCCCUUCAUCCCCUCGCAACUCUCUUGACCAAGGAGCACCCCACAUUGGUCGGACCCGCUCAGGUUCUUCGGGCAUCAGCGCUCAACGACCCCUCGAGCAGGAUCGACUGUCGCGUGCGCCCUCGCGAUCUGGUUCAGCUCUGAACAGCCCAGCGUCGCGCUCCAGUAGUCGGGUUCCAGAACACCUCACCCCGCAACCCCAGAACACCGAUCGCUCGGAAUAUACUGCCAGGACAUCAAGCUUACGUGGCCACGAACAUAAACGUCCUCCCAGUCUCAUCCUUCCUAACAGUAACAUUCGGCAUCAAAGGUCUUUCGACGACAGAGCUCGUGCAAGUCCUCUGCGAGAGAAUCGACCACCGAAUGACACACUGGAGGUAUCAUCUCGCCCGCCCAGCGUCCCGACGCCUACAUCGCCGUCGCACCGCAUAGAUGUGCCGCAUGGCAUCGAAAGCGAAACAGACACAGAAGCCGAGUCGGAGGACGCACACGACCGUCCCGACCGCGACAUGCCUCCGGCUCUUCCACCCAAAGAGUCACUUGCAAGAUCUUCUCGCCCUACUCUCAACCGCCUUAACACAGGAAGCAGUGUAAGCGUCAAUCAUGACGCAGCGGACGACAGUCAUCCCAACAGCGUCGAUUCGCCGGAAUCCUCACCAGUCGAGAGGACUUCACACGCGACAUUCAUCGCUCCGGCUUUGCCUCCGAUCCGGAUCUCGAUGGGAAACUCGGACUUCGCAGAGUUGCUGAAGUCUGUUAGCGGUGACGUAACGAGGCUAGAGCAGCUCGCGGAGAUUACGGAGAGUGGUAGCCGUGAACUCGAUCUCACCGCCACGUCGCCCCAGGUGCUCGUACAGUCGAGGCGAGACUCCUUACAGAUGUUAACACCACGGAGCGAUGUCACGGUGACAGAGUCGACGGAGAGCCGAGUUGACGAAACCCCCGUGAAGCGACUUGGAACGCGUCAACGUGGGAUGUCUGCGGGUAUUGGCGGUACUAUGAGCUCUUCACCCUCAUUCAGCUCGUCUGUGGCAACCGAUGUGUUGUCAAAAUUCCCCUCUGUUCCCCGCGCGAGGCCUAGCUUGGACAGUCAAUCGAGGGCAGACGAUUAUUCCGAUUCGUUGGACGCUACCUUCGGUCAUGAAGACUUCAACACUUCGACACUCACACCCACUCGCAUCACCGUCAGCUCAGAGGAUGAGGCAGCAUCGGGGCCACCGCGAGCAGACUUCACUGAUUCGUCGAGGUCGCUCUGCCAUGGACAUGGCAAUGCGCAGGUCACCUUGGAUGUGGGGCUCGUGCAUACCCUUUUGAAAGCCUUCGAGCAGCAGCAAGCAGACUAUGCUGAAUACAAACGCAGGCUCGAUGGCAUGAAGAGGGCUAGUCAACAUUACAUGGAUGGCUUGACUGUUGCUCAGACAGAGUAUGACCAAGAGCUUAAAGCUCGGCGGGAUGCAGAGGCUGAAGUAACACGGCUUCGCAUUCUGCUCUCUGGGCAGGCAGCACGCCUCUCUGCCAUCUCAGGUGAGACGAGGCGCCAAGAGGCCCAGAAACAGCUUUCGGAAGAGCUCAGCAACAACCUAUCGACUCUGGGCAGAUCCUUGUCGCAGCUGAAGGUGGAACGUGACAUGACUCUGGCGGAGGUCGAGCAGCUCUCUGCUUCCAAGAGUUCUAGUACGCCGGUUGAAGGUGAAGACGGUGCAGCCUCCCUCGGUAGAGCAUUGUCUAUGCGUUUCGACAACAUCAAGAACAAGUACCAGAUCGAGCUCGUGCCACUGACUGAGCAAAGGGAGGCUCUAAUGCGAGAGAUCAUGGAGCUGAAGGCUUCACGCGACGCAUUCCUGGAAGAGACGACUGCGCUCAACGCUCGGAAUGAGGAACUUGCCCAGUUGAAUGCCCAGUAUGUGCGCCGCAUCGAGGCCGCCGGGCUCGACUCCACAGCACCUAAGCCGGAAACUGGUGCUGCUGACGGAGGAUAUGAUAGAGCCAGACAGAUCCAGAACCUAUCGUCAUCAGUCACGUCGUCAACUGUCGCACUGUCGGAGGAAGGUUCAGUAGAGACCUCGAAGUUCAUCAAGAUCUCGAAGCCGGAGUCCAUCGACUCGCAUGCACAACCGAUUAAGAUGGGUCCCAAGUUCUUGAAAUGGCCAGGCCACAAGACGACGAAGGAGAACGCUGCUGGCCGCAAGGAGCACGUCUUCCAACAAGUCAGCGUAUUGCGGGUAGCCCGUUGCGAUCAUUGCGGCGACAAGAUGUGGGGUUCCCAAUUUCGCUGCACGAACUGCAAUGUUGCCGUGCACACGCGCUGUUUACAGCACGUCCAUCUGCCUUGCUCUCAACAAGGGUCCCAAGGUCGCGACGAACCCUCGCUCCCGCCUAUUCCUCUACCUCCCUCAAUGUUCGGGCGAAAUCUAGUCGAACAAGUACAAUUCGAAUCGCGGGAAGAGCCUCGACUCAUUCCCGUUAUUGUUGAGAAAUGCAUUGAAGCUGUAGAUGCGCUUGCAUUGGAUUUCGAAGGCAUCUACCGGAAGACUGGCGGCUCAGGCCAGUCGAAGACGAUUACACAGUUGUUCGAGCGCGCCGACUACAGCACAUUCGAUCUCCUGGACACCGAUCGAUUCAACGACAUUUGCAGCGUCACAUCUGUUCUCAAGUCAUAUCUGCGACAACUUCCAAAUCCGCUGCUGACCUAUGAGCUGCAUGCUCGAUUCAUGUCAGCCACUGGCAUCCGCGAUCCUGAGAUGAAAAGUGAAGCGUACCUGAGUUGCAUCAUGGAGCUUCCGAAGGAGCAUUACUUCACCGCUCGGCAUCUCUUGUUGCAUCUACACAGAGUCAGCGAACGGAGUGCUGGAAACCUCAUGAACGCGCAAAAUCUCGGGGUUGUCUUCGGACCCACACUCAUGCGGUCACGCGAGAUGGUCUCCGAGUUCGCUGACAUGGGUGGCAAGGCCACUUGCGUACAGUGGCUCGUUCAGAAUGCCCCGAUUGCCUUCGAACACACUCCCCCGUUCGACUGAUCGCAGCCUUGGCUCGCGACGAUGCCAUCUGGCAGGUUGUCCAUCUGUAAGCAUUAGUGGACUCACGUCUGACCUCUCUGUAUUACCUUCGUUCGUUCCAUUCGGGUUGUUUGGUGCGUUCAUAUGCUGGGCGUAUGGCGGGUUCAUUCCACUUCCUUAGUCAUUGCCCGUCUCGUCAUCCUGUCAUUCCAAGUCUUGUACUUCCAGAUUACCAUCUUACGCAUAUAUCAUUGCACACACCUCAUACCCAGUCUUUUAUGGAUAUGUAUUCUCCUGUCAGAUAUAUUAUUAUACAUGUUCCACUAGAUU